CAGGAGGCAGGAAGCCACCUUGCGAACGCCCUUAUUCGGUGAUGUAUACACAAAAGGAGAUGUCAAAGAAAGCCGUGGCCAGGUAGGUUGGGAGGGAAGAACGCGCACAGGCCUAGGUUGGAGCAGGCAUCUGGAACAGACGAGCAAAUGUAAGGAGACAAUCUCUGCGGUGGGUGAUGGUCGCCGAUUGAAGAAUUUGGUCCUUCUUUCGGAAGGUUUGGAGGGACAAAGCAGAUGCUCCGAUUGGAAAGAAAUGAAAUUGGUUGGCGAGUGUCAGACGAGGUAUAUGCUGAAGGAAAAUUAGGAAGAUCUCGAAUUGGGUGCCUCCAGUUCUCGUUUGAGCUGCAGCUCUCGUGGAAUGACCAUUGGUGCCUUCGGCGAUGGUGAUUGAAGAAGAUUAUGUUUACGGAGUUGCUGUGGCCGUGGUUAUGCUGGGCGUGCCGCUAUGGCACAAUAUGGGGGAAUGCAGGAAAGGUCGGCUCGUGCAAGUGCUCUUCUUCCGGUGGUGGCUUGUUUGCGCGCUGAUGAUCUUUCUGUCGCUGCUAUUGUCUGUGCUUGUCGGAGUGGCAGGGUACGUGCUGGCAAAUAUUCCACCUCCUAGGACUGCUCUUUUAUCAACUGACUGCAAAAUUAUCUCCAAAGGCGUAGACAUACGCUCAACAAAGGUGUGCGAUGGCGAUUUGCCCCACAUUUUAAAAGGAGUUAGGGGUAUUGAUACACCUGCCAAGUACAAGUGUUCUUUGGACUACUACUGGACCUCCGUUUUUAAGGUCGAGUUCACACCACAUGCCUCUCAAUCGGCUGUACAAGCAGGUGCCGAAGCACCUAGAGAAGCGCUUCCUUUGAAGUGCAGGCCAUCUUUUGGUGUUGCUUGGAGGACCAAGGAGACUUAUGAGGUUAAUCGCACAUACCCUUGCAAGUAUAGUCCCACAGACCUGAAAACAGUGGAAAUUGCUGAACACACGACGGAAGAUUGUAGUAUUCAACAGCCCUCGAACUUUGAAUCUCUGAAACAACUAUGGAUUUUGUUGUUCCAUUCAGAAAAUGCCGUCUUUUCUCGCUCCAGUAAGACAACAUUGCUCUUCACCAAAGUUGCAGCUUCCGUCGGGUUGGGCACUUUCUACUCGAUCAUUGUUAUAUAUUUCACCUAUUUUAUCAGAAGAACAACUAGUCAUUUUUAUUCUUAUUCCAAACGAGGUGAGUCGUCGGAUCUUGAUGCGGCCUUUUUUGAGGCAAGGCUGCAACUCGUCAUUCUAUUUACAGCGUCAUUAUUCUGCCUUAUCUUUCUGAGCAAUCAUUACAUUGAUGAUGAUGUGGAUAUUGCACUCCUGUUUGGAGCACUAUAUCGGAAGUUUGGCUUUUAAAAUUUGUGCCCAGGCUGAAAGAUUGCCCUUGCAGAUUGAUGCUACUGAUGAGGUCUUAACACGGUAGUCACAAACCCAGUGAUGCCUCUAAUGAAGCGAUCUUUGAUCUUAUUUGAAUAAUGCCAUAGGGCCUGCACUUCCUUCGUUUAAGUGUCU